GCUUUUUUAUCCUAUUAGUUUCGCUUUACCUCGUUAUUUAGAAACAGAUAGAAAACAAAGAACCCUGAAAACGUAAAUAACAUGGUAGGGAAAGUAAAGCGUGUGCAAGUUUUUCAUCUGCUAUGUCUAUGUUCCGUGAUCUUCUUUUUUGUAUUCUCUGCGAAUGUUUCCAGUGAAGCAGUGCCGCCGGAAGAUAAAACGGCGACGGUUUGGCUAUCUAGAAUCAAACGGUCUGGUAAUGAUUAUUGGUCGAAAUUCAAAGAGACUUUAGGACGUGGUCACUCCCGCUUUUUUCCUCCUAACAUAGAUUUUAGAGGAAAGGAUGAUGCAGCAGAGAUGGGAGCGGGAGAAAAGAUGAAAGAGGCGGUCACAAGGAGCUUCGAGCAUAGUAAAGAUACGGUGGAGGAAGCUGCCAGAUCAGCGGCAGAGGUGGCGUGUGAUGCAGCUGAAGCGGUGAAAGAAAAGAUGAAGAGGAGCGUUUCCGACGGAGAGACGAAGCAGCAUCAGCAGACGGAGGGUACUAAUGAACUUUAAGUACGUUGUCACUUUCAGCUCAUGUUUUUCUUAGUGUGUGUUAUUCGAUCGGUGUCUGAACAACGCAGUUUUGCCACGUAUCAUAUGCUUUGUAUUGUUUCUCUGUCGACCCACAUGCUUUUUUAUUUAUUAACGCAUCGCCAUGUCACAUGUUGUAUCGUCGUUCUUCAUUAUCCUUUGCGUGUAAAAAAACAUUUUAGAUUCAA